CACAUACACAUCAUUUUCUACAGCAUCAUCUCACACACUCACAGCCGGGGGAGGAAACAGGAGCCGGUUUGCAGACGGUUUGAACGACCUUCUGAGGACGAGACGGUGGCUGAAGUUGAAUCCUCACAGACUUCUUCACCGUGUUGACCACCCGAACUGCUGUUGAACCUGGAUAAGAAGGUUUUCACCAUGACGCACCCAUCCAUGGACUGGAAUAGGAAGUGGACGCCUGGCUUCGGAGCUGUGCUGUUCAUACUCUUGAGUCGCAUGACAUCAGCGCUAGAGGUGCCUCUUGAUCCUAAAGUACUGGAAGGAUUGCCUCAACCCCCAACUAUAACACUACAGUCCCCAAAGGAUUACAUCUUUGAUCCGCGGGAGAACAUCGUCAUCCACUGUGAGGCCAAGGGGAAGCCAAAUCCCAGCUUUUCAUGGACGAGAAAUGGAACCCACUUUGACGUCGAGAAAGACUCCAAAGUCCUGAUGAAACCCGGUUCAGGAACUCUGGUCAUUGACAUCAGCGGGGAGAAGGCGGAGGCCUACGAGGGAACGUACCAGUGUACAGCUCACAAUGAGCACGGCACCGCGGUUUCCAACAACAUUGUCAUCAGGCAGUCCAGGUCCCCCUUGUGGUCGAAGGAAAGAAAUGAAGCCAUCACUGUGCAGAUGGGGGUCUCCCUGGUGCUGCAGUGCCGACCCCCUGCCGGGCUACCCCCUCCUGUCAUCUUCUGGAUGGAUAACAACUUUCAGAGGCUUCCGCUGGAUCAGCGAGUGUCCCAGGCCCUGAACGGAGACUUGUACUUUUCAAACGUUCUCAUAGAAGACACCAGGAGUGACUACAUCUGCUAUGCUCGCUUCCCCCACACACAGACCAUCCAGCAGAAGCAGCCCAUUUCAGUCACCGUGCUCAACAUGGAAACAAUGAAUGAGACUCUGGCCGCUUUAUACAAUGUCACUGAUUUCUUUAGUGACAGCCCAGAGGGGGAGCGUCGCCCUGGUUUCAUGACACCUCAGGGCGCCACCAGCACCAAGAUGGUUCUGAGAGGGGAGACUCUGGAGCUGGAAUGCAUUGCUGAGGGCUUGCCUACGCCAGAGAUCUCCUGGAAGAAGAAUGGAAGUGAAAUGCCAAGCAGCAGGAUGUCCUUCCGUAACUUCAAGAAAACGUUGAAGAUUUCGGAUGUGAAUGAAGCCGAUGCGGGAGACUACCGCUGUACGGCCACAAACAGCCUGGGCACUGCAGACCAUGUCAUCAAGGUCACUGUCAAAGCGGCUCCUUUCUGGGUCAGUGCUCCCAGGAACCUGAUCCUCGCUCCGAAUGAGACUGGCAUCCUGACUUGUCGAGUCAAUGGAGAACCCAAACCGAAGAUUAGCUGGUUUGUGAAUGGAGUCCCCAUAGAGAAUGCUCCUGAGGACCACAGCCGCAAGGUGGAGGACGACACUGUGAUUCUCAGCCACGUGCAGUCAGGAUCCAGUGCUGUCUACCAGUGCCAUGCAUCCAAUGAGUUUGGCUACGUGAUGGCGAAUGCUUUUGUCAAUGUUCUUGCUGAACCACCAAGGGUGCUCACUCCACCCAACCGAGUGUACCAGGUCAUCACCAACAACCCUGCACUACUUCACUGUUCCUCCUUUGGCUCUCCAAUACCGACCAUCACAUGGUUCAAAGACAGUCAGACCAGUAUUAAGAAUGGUGACCCAUACGUGAUCCAUGAGAAUGGUACACUGGAGAUCAACGUGGCCCAGUCACUAAACAGCGGAAAGUACACCUGCAUUGCCAGCAACAACCUGGGGAUCAAGGAGAACCAUGUCUUCCUGGAGGUUAAAGAGCCCACCCGUAUCCUGAGGCAGCCGGAGUACAAGAUGGUGCAGAAAGGAAUGAGCGCUGUGUUCGAGUGCAAAGUCAAACAUGACCCUUCCCUUAUUCCCACCAUGACCUGGCUCAAAGACAGUGGAGAACUGCCAGAUGACGAGAGGUUUGAGGUGGACACAGACAGUCUGACCAUUAAAGAUGUGACAAAUGAAGAUGAGGGCACCUACACCUGCAUCAUGAACACAACCCUGGACCAGGACUCAGCCAGCGCUAUGCUGACUGUCGUCGAGGCAACUCCUACUCCGGCUAUUGCCUACGAACAACCCGACCCUCCGACCGACCUGGAGCUGACUGACCAGACGGACAGGAGCGUUCAGCUCACCUGGAUCCCUGGAGAUGAACACAACAGUCCCACGCAGAGUUUUUUAAUCCAAUAUGAGGAUCUGCUCCACAUGCCAGGAAUCUGGAUCAACCUGACAGAAGUUGUCGGCACCAGCACCACAGCACAGUUAAACCUCUCCCCAUACGUCUACUACUCUUUCCGAGUGCUGGCUCAGAAUCGCGUGGGCUACAGCCAGCCCAGCCAGCCCUCGCGCCAAUACAGGACCAACCCCGCAGCUCCUGAUGAAAAUCCAUCAGAUGUUCAUGGAGAAGGAACUGAGCCUGACAACUUGGUCAUCUACUGGACACCACUGACAGGAUUCCAGUCCAACGGGCCUGGUUUGGAGUACAAAGUGCAGUGGAGACAGAAGGACACGGACGAAGAUUGGUCAUCAGAGAACGUGGUCAACGCCACCCACUUCGUUGUGACUGGAACCCCCACCUUUGUGCCAUUCGAAAUUAAAGUUCAAGCUGUGAACAAUUAUGGCAGCGGACCAGACCCUGAAGUAGUGACUGGGUACUCUGGAGAAGACUUGCCUUCGUCUGCUCCUGACAGUGUGCAGAUCAUGGUUCAUAACAGUAUGCUAGCAGAGGUACACUGGGAGCCUGUACCUCCCCCUUCAGUAAGGGGAAAACUACAGGGAUACAAGGUAUACUAUCGUCGUGAGCGCGGCUUGCAGGAGACGGAGGCGAACAUGGAUGAGGAGACGCAGCUUUUGACGUUCAGUGGGAACCGUACCGAGGGGCGUCUGCCAGGCCUCAAGCCUUACAGCCUCUACAGCCUCUUCAUCAGGGUCAUUAAUUACAAAGGAGAAGGGCCUGCGAGCCCCAGCAAGACAUUUGAGACACCUGAAGGAGUCCCCGGACCUCCUUCUUUUAUGAAUGUCAUCAACCCCGGUUUGGACUCUCUCACUGUGGUUUGGGGUCCACCAAUGAACAACAAUGGACGCCUCGCUGGAUACACACUGAAAUACCAACCAGUCAACAUCACCAGUGAACUGGGACCAGUCAAGGUCAUGACCUUUCAAGCCAACGAGACCACCAUUACCCUGAGCAACCUGAACUCCAGCAUGCUGUACAAGUUUUACUUAAGUGCAAAGACAAUCAAGGGCUCUGGCCCCAUCAUCACAGAAGAGGCCUUCACAAUCAUGGACACAACUCGUACUCAGCCCACUGUAGUGACGGGCAAAGGCCCCACAGAGCCCCCUCACCCAACUUCCCCCAUCACUCAGUCUCUGCAUCCCCCGAUUCACAAGGCGCCUCCUGUAGGCCCUGCGUUUGGCACAGUUAACACGUCUAUAUUGGAGGAUGGUGCGGUGAUCAGUUGGGAAUACUUUGGACACCAUAAGAAUGUAUAUGUGGAAUAUAUUGUAGAAAACAGUAAAGAGGACUGGAAAAAGGAGUUGGUAAACGGUUCACACUCACAUAUGAUAAAAGGUUUAAAACCGGGGACGACCUAUAAGGUGCGUCUGGUAGCUAGAGACCCGGUUGACCCGACGGUCCACAGCACAGGCGAAGUGGACGUUACGGUGCCAGCCGUACCCAACCGGCAGGUAGACAUUGCCACCCAGGGCUGGUUUAUUGGACUGAUGUGUGCCAUCGCUCUUCUCAUCUUGGUCCUUCUCAUUGUGUGCUUCAUCAAGAGGAACAAGGGUGGCAAAUAUCCAGUGAAAGAGAAAGAAGAUGCUCACCAAGACCCUGAGAUCCAGCCCAUGAAGGAGGAUGAUGGGACAUUUGGAGAAUACAGUGACACAGAGGACCACAAGCCGCUGAAGGGCAGCCGGACGCCGUCCAAUGGGACGGUGCGCCGCGACGAGAGUGACGACAGCCUGGUGGACUACGGGGAGGGCGGGGACGGACAGUUCAAUGAGGACGGCUCCUUCAUCGGCCAGUACAGCGGCAAGAAAGAGAAAGACACACACGAAGGCAACGAGAGUUCGGAGGCCCCGUCGCCUGUCAACGCCAUGAACUCGUUUGUCUAACGAAGGGCCGCCGCCCGGCUGCGACGAUUGCUGUGGCCACUCCUCGUCAC